GAUUACACAGAAGACUAUAUUCAAACUGGCCCUGGGCAACUGUACGCCCAUUCCACUCGUCUCUUCGCCGUAGAUGGGGUCAGCGUGCCCUAUACAUGGAACCACACUAUCACCUAUGACUCCACUAAAGGAAAGAUGCCUUUCCUGGUGGAAACACUUCAUGCUUCCUCUGUUGCAACAGAGUACAGCCCACUGGAAGAAGCUGUGGCUUUUAAAAUCCACGCUUCCAUUGCAAAAGGAGAUCGUAGCAAUCAGUGCCCUGCUGGGUUUGGCUUGGACGCAACUGGGCCGUACUGCUCAGAUGAAGAUGAAUGUGCCGUGCGAAAUCCUUGUUCCCAUACGUGUCACAACACCGUGGGAUCUUACUACUGCUCCUGUCCAAAAGGCCUCACUAUCUCUGCGGAUGGUAGGACGUGCCAGGAUAUCGAUGAGUGUGCAUUAGGUGGACACACCUGCCAUGCUGGCCAAGACUGUGAAAAUGUCGUUGGCUCAUACCGCUGCGUGGUUAGAUGUGGCAAUGGCUUUAGGAGGACAGCUGAUGGAUUUAGCUGCCAAGAUGUUAACGAGUGUCAAGAGUCCAACGCCUGUCAUCAGCGUUGCUUCAACACUGUAGGAAGUUUCUACUGCGGUUGUGAUCCGGGAUACCAGCUAAAGGGCAGAAAAUGCACAGAUGUAAAUGAGUGCAGGCAGAACGUGUGCAGGCCUGAUCAACUUUGCAAAAACACCCGUGGUGGCUAUAAGUGCAUUGAUCUGUGUCCCAGUGGAAUGACCAAAGCAGAAAAUGGAACUUGUGUUGACAUUGAUGAAUGCCGGGACGGAACCCACCAGUGCCGCUAUAACCAGAUUUGUGAGAACGCACAAGGGAGUUACCGUUGUGUGUGUCCACGAGGGUAUCGGUCCCAGGGAGUUGGAAGACCUUGUGUGGACAUAGAUGAGUGUGAAACCAGAGACACCUGUCAGCACGAGUGCAGGAACACCCUGGGAAGUUACCAGUGUACUUGUCCAGCUGGUUAUCGCCUUACGCCCAACGGCAAAACCUGCCAAG